GUAACUUAGUUGUACCAAGGGAAGAUGGCGGACAGAAUAACACAACUACAAGAUGCUCUAAACCAGCUUGCUGAUCAGUUCUGUAAUAGUAUUGGUAUUCUCCAACAAAGUGCCAAACCUGGUCAGUUUCCUGGCUUCGAAAGAUCAACAACUAUAGAUGAUAAAUCUAUUCAACAAGCAGGACAUGCAGCACUUUUUGCAACUCUUAUUGCCAGAACUGCCAAGGAUAUAGAUUAUCUUAUUGAUUCUUUACCAAGUCAAGAUUGUUCUCCAGAAUUACAGGCUGCAAGUCUGCAGAAGCUGGAGGCAGAGAACCAAGAGGCAGGCAAAAAACUUGAGGAGGUUGUGAGAAAAGGAGAAAAAUUACUGGAGUUGAUCCAAAAGGCUUUGGAUGAAAUAGCGACCUCCAAGCUUUCCUUGUCAGAAACAAUAUAAUGUCAAAAUUUUUGCAACACGAAAUGAACAAGUCAGAAGUCAGUUGUCCUCUUUUGUCAACAUCUGAACGUUUAGCUUCAAGCUUUUACUCUUGGGCCAAAAGCUUUCAUUCAAGAUGUAUCUGAAAAUUGACAAAGGAUAGGCACAAAACAAUAUUGUUGCAAGAAAUGGGUAAGGCCAGCAAGGAUCCCUCUGAAAGAGGCCAAGACUCAUUGCAACCAGUUCCCUCAUACAGUAAUGUGAAGUUGGACUUAGGAAGUGAUGUGCAUGACAAUAAGAUUGGAAUGUUCAAAAGACAAGUAUUCAUUUACUCCUAGUAUACAACUUUGCUAAAAGAGGACAGUGCCUGUCAUUCAUUCUACCAAGGUUGUAAUAACUAUAAAAGUGAAUAGUAUAAUAGUAUAGGAGAGAAAGGAAGAUGGUAGUGAAACUCUCAGACUCGAUGCUUUGAUUUUUGAGAGUUCAGAGCUAGAAUUAAAGAGUUGUGUGUACAAAAGGCAUGUAACGUAAGAUUAUUUAUAUCACAUAGGAAAACAACUGCAAAAAUAUGAGACAUUUAUGACAUCUUGAUCUACUAAGAAGCAUAAAAUGUUAAAAAAUGUAAAA